AUGACGACGGCCCACAGACCCACGUUUGACCCGGCCCGCGGUCGCGAAUCCCUCCGCGGCUCCGCCUACCACCAAAUCACUCUCCCCGCCCACCUCCAGCUCAAGUACCGUAAAGAAGGCCAAGGCGGCGCCGCCGGCUCCUCCGAGACCCGCGACCUCCGCGCCGAGCUCCUCGCCGCCGAGGACGCCCACUUCUCCAAGCGCAAGGGUUCCCGCGCCGCGCUUUCCGCCCCGGCGCAGCCCCUUCCGAUCGCUCCUCCCGCUCGCCUUCCCCUUCUCGACGGUGCCGCCGCCACCGCUGCAGCCAAGAGAGCGCGUUCUGGACCCGGCGCAGACAAUGACGACGACGAUGACGAUGAUGACGCAGAGGAUCUCGAGACGAAGAGGCGGAGGAUAUUAGCCGAGACGAGAGACAUUGAUGCCGAUGACAGCGACGAGGCGAGCGACGACAGCGACGAGAGUGAUAGCGAUUCGGACGACUCGGACGCCGAGCUGCAGAGGGAGCUGGAGAGGGUGCGCAGGGAAAAGGCGGAGCGUCGCGCGCGGGAAGAGGCCGAGAGGCAAAAGGAGGAAGAGGAGCAGCGGGAAAAGGACAUUGCGCUUGGUAAUCCCUUGCUCAACAAGCCAGACUUCAACAUGAAGAGGCGGUGGGAUGACGAUGUGGUGUUCAAGAACCAGGCGAGGGACACGGAUGAGCGCGGGAAGAAGAAGGAGUUUAUCAACGACACGCUACGAUCCGACUUCCACAGAAGGUUCAUGAACAAGUACGUCAGGUAG